ACGUAAACGCUUCGCGGGAAAAGGUGAAAAAAUGGCGACUCGCACUGAGUCUGUUUGCGCGUCCGGCUGAGGCUGAGAGAAACUUUCAUCCUAGCGAAUGGAAAUAUCGCACCGUGGCUGGAGCGCCGACAUUUUUUUGGGCGAGGGAACCUUUUAUCCCCCCUUUCCCGGGAGAGGAGAGGAAUCAAGACGGAAAUCUAAACGAGCGUGUUAAGGAUGUUGGAGGGAGCGUGCCGGGAUGGCUACCUGGCUGUAGGUGAGGAGGACCUGGAGGCCAAGCGGCUGCUGCCCAAGCACGACAAAAACUGCAUUGACCUGGAGAGCGAGCUGAUUGUGGGCCAGUACGUACUCUGCCGCUGGUCUGAUGGCCUGUAUUACUUGGGCAAGAUCCAAAGGAUUAGCUCUUCAAAGCAGAGCUGCUUCGUCACGUUUGAAGACAACUCCAAGUUCUGGGUGCUUUGGAAAGACAUACAACACGCUGGCAUUCCGGGAGAAGAGCCCAAAUGCUCAGUGUGCUCCGAGAUGACGAUGGUGUCUGAGAAUAAAAUCCUUAUCUGCGGAAAAUGUGGAAUCGGCUACCACCAGCUGUGCCACAUGCCGCAAGUGGAGAGCUCAGCUGACCUCUCGCCUUGGUUCUGCAGAAAGUGCAUUUUUGCAUUAGCAGUGAGAAAAGGGGGCGCACUAAAGAAGGGCCCGAUUGCCAAAGCACUGCAGGCCAUGAAGCAAGUGCUCACCUACAAUGCCGAGGAGUUAGAGUGGGACUCUCUGCACCGCACCAACCACCAGCAGUGCUACUGCUACUGUGGAGGCCCCGGAGAAUGGUACCUGAAAAUGUUGCAGUGUUUCCGCUGCGAGCAAUGGUUUCACGAAGCAUGCACACAGUGCCUGCAGGAAUCCAUGAUGUUCGGAGAUAGGUUUUACUUGUUCAUUUGUGCCGUGUGCAAUAAGGGAGUGGAGUACAUCAAACGCCUGGCUCUGCGCUGGGUGGAUGUGGUCCAUCUGGCCCUGUACAACCUGGGAGUACAGAGUAAGAAAAAGUACUUUGAACUGGAGGAGAUCCUCAGCUUCAUCAGCAACAACUGGGACCAUUUCCAGCUGGGCAAGGUCACACAGCCAGAGAGCGCUUUCAUAACAGAUGCAAAACUCUUCCUGACUGACCGUCUUGCGAACACUCCUCCAUCAGAGAGAGGCCAGCUCAUCCUCGAUGCUCUUAACAACUACAAAAGCAAGUUUCUCUGCGGGAAGGAGAUCAAGAAGAGGAAAUGUAUCUUUCGACUAAGGACGAGAGUCCCCCCGAACCCCCCAUCCAAGCUCUUUCCCGAGAAGACACCGAAAAGUGAAGGACGCAGAGGCUGCAAGAAAGGAGUGAUGCGUAACGGUUGUGCUCCUGCAGAGAAGCGGAGGAAGAAGAGGUCUAAGUGGCUGCUGGAGGAUGCUAUUCCCAACAAUGAGAUGACGUCCACCUGGAGCUCCAAUCACCACAUGGCUAACAUCUUCGACUUUACGCUCGACGAACUGCAGAGCUUGAAAAGCACUAGUUCAGGACGGACGUUCAGUCUGGAUCAGGACUCCACAGAUGCAGCGAGCACUUCAGGCUCUGCCACUACCAGCGUGUCCUACGACUUCAGAAAGAACGUGGGCAGUCGGAAGAGGAAGCUUCCUUCAUCCAACUACAGUGCUCUGGCCAGUAAGCGGGAGGCGAUAGAGAGCGAGCUGAGUCCAGCGGGUACGCCAGUCGCCGAGUCCGGAGACGUUAUGGGCGGUGCCAUCGACAGCCACACCUUUGAAAGCCUGAGCGAAGACGACACGUCCCUCUCACACCUCAAGUCUUCUAUCACCAGUUACUUCGGCGCAGCGGGGCGGCUCACAUGCGGCGAAAAAUACCAGGUUCUGGCACGCAGGGUCACGCCAGAGGGCAAGGUGCAGUACCUGGUGGAAUGGGAAGGCACCACGCCUUAUUAAGAGUCACUUACCUGAGGGCAGGAGAAUGGAGAUGAGGUUCGUGAUGGGGUUCUUCACUUCCAGGCCUGGGGAGUCACAGUGGUGUUGAAUUCACGAUUCCAAAAAAAAUGAUCAGUUGAUUUGGACACGGAUGGUCAGAUCGUUUAAAGUGAUGGAGUUCUGGAAUACUGUGGCCUGUCAGGUUUGGGAUUGAAGAACACUCGAGCAAACAGUCAUAAAAAGUCACAUCGCUUAAAGUAGUUCAUCUUUUUUUUUUCUUUUUUCUUUUUUCUUUUUUUCCAUUCUUUCUUUUUAUGUUACACAAACAUCUAAACAAGCGAGUUCCAAAAUUCUAGUUUUCUAGUGCAAUUAUAGUUUUCUAAAGGCUCUUAGAAAUAUAUAUGGGAUCACAUAUAGGUCGUGCACUUACCCCAUGUCGGGUAACGGAGUGCGCUUUCUAUUUUUUUGUCACAGUGUCCUGUUGACAGGGCACUAUAAAUAGCACAAAAUCACUUGUCUGAUUCAACCCGUUAACAUUAUAGUUGGUUUUUUUUUGGUCUCGUUUCAGUCGCACUUGUAGACUGGUUUAAUUUCCAUUCGAGGUCAGUGAUCUAAUACUGUAUAGCCAUGACACAAAAACAUUUAUAAAAUGUUGACCCUCGAGGGCAUAAAAGCAUCGUCAUUACAAAUAGUGGACAACACGAUGGCGCGUCACCUAUUUUUAUCAACUGGGAUAAUGCAUGAUGGCUUGUGGAUGUGGAAACUUAUAAACACGACUACGCCCCACCAUCCCUUUAAUGGCUACACCAUUCACAGUAAAAAAAAAACCAAACUCCAUCCAUAUUUAAGGGGUCAAAAGUGCCAUUAGUCGUUCCUGUCAAGAAUGUCCGUCUCUUCGGUUUGGCAUGAACGGAUAAAUGACCCUCGUGAAUGGACGUGCCGUGCAUAAAGCUCAUCUCUUCAGAGUGGAGCACAGCCUCAGAUGCCGGGCACAUACUCUACAUGAAACCAGGGAGUGUUUACACGGAGUGCGGCUGUGCAUCAGGCAGAUACUCACUCCUCCGCCAUCUGUCAAUGCAUUUUAAUCUGCUGUGCAAAUGUGAAUCGUUUGGAAUCAGCCACGUUGUCCACUAUGUAAAAAACGCCAUGAUUUUCAAUCACGUCAUUAUGUGACGGCGAGCAAUCACGAAGGGAAAACGAACAGUACGUUAAUAGCGUGUUCAGCCGCGCAGCACUUAUUUAUGCAGGUCUUCAAUCGAACCAAGGAAAUAUUUGCGGAUUUUUACUGACCCGGGUAGCUUUCCGUUUUCCCUUCGUUAUUGUUAUUGUUCAUAAUUCACGGCUUUUGCUCACAAAUAGAAAGCUCCAACGAAAGGAUCUGUGUGUGAACAGAGACUGCAAUAAACUGUUACCCCUUAAACCUGCCUAUUAACACCCUUGAAGUCUAGUCAGUGUACAUAUCCGUCUGCAGUUGAAAGCUUUGGCCGUCGUACGCCUAUAUA